CCACUUAACAAUCAAACUCUCACACCUCACCUCGUAACAAAAGUGUGAAAGACCCUCCUUCUCUCUCUCUCUUAGAAGAAUAUAUAUAAAUAAACAAAUUACAAGGCACUAUCCACAAACAAAAACUAGAAACCGUUUUCACUUUGUCCCUCCAUUCCCCUAUUUUUUCCUCAUUUUAUAGUUUCAAACAAGAGUGAAGGAAAGACACCAUUAUUGGUUUCAGAAAAACACAGAGCAGGUUCAAGAAUUUUGAUCAUGAUGGAGAGUUUAAUGAGGAGGAGCAAGUUUCAUGUGUUGGUGUUUAUGUUGUUCUGUUCAUGGUUUUGUUAUGUCACUGCCUCUGUGACUUAUGAUCACAAAGCCAUUCUGGUUGAUGGAAAGAGAAGAAUUUUGAUCUCUGGUUCCAUCCACUACCCAAGAAGCACCCCUCAGAUGUGGCCAGACUUAAUCCAAAAGGCCAAAGAUGGAGGCAUUGAUGUUAUUCAGACCUAUGUGUUUUGGAAUGGACAUGAACCUUCUCCUGGAAAUUAUUAUUUUGAAGAUAGAUUUGAUCUGGUUAAGUUCAUCAAGAUAGUGCAGCAAGCUGGCCUUUAUGUUAAUCUUCGAAUUGGUCCCUACGUUUGUGCUGAAUGGAACUUUGGGGGAUUUCCUGUUUGGCUCAAGUAUGUUCCAGGUAUUGCUUUCAGAACAGACAAUGGGCCGUUCAAGGCGGCUAUGCAAAAAUUCACUACAAAGAUUGUCAACAUGAUGAAAGCAGAGAAGUUGUUUCAAACUCAGGGUGGUCCAAUAAUUAUGUCUCAGAUAGAGAAUGAGUAUGGACCAGUGGAAUGGGAAACUGGUGCUCCUGGGAAGGCUUACACCAAAUGGGCUGCUCAAAUGGCUGUAGGUCUAAAUACUGGGGUCCCUUGGAUUAUGUGCAAGCAAGAAGAUGCCCCUGAUCCUCUUAUUGACACUUGCAAUGCAUACUACUGUGAAAAGUUCACCCCCAACAAAAAUUACAAACCCAAGAUGUGGACUGAGAAUUGGACUGGCUGGUACACUGAUUAUGGUAGUCCAGUCCCUCGUAGACCGGCAGAAGACAUGGCAUUCUCAGUUGCAAGAUUCAUACAGAAUGGUGGCUCAUUUGUUAACUACUAUAUGUACCAUGGAGGAACGAAUUUUGGCCGAACGUCGAGUGGUCUCUUCAUUGCCACAAGCUAUGAGUAUGAUGCUCCCAUUGAUGAAUAUGGACUGCUAAAUGAACCAAAAUGGGGGCACUUGAGAGAUUUGCACAAAGCAAUAAAACAAUGCGAGCCGGCUUUAGUGUCUGUGGAUCCAACGUUGACAUUACUUGGAAAGGGCCUUGAGGCACAUGUUUUCAAGACAAGCUUUGGCGCUUGUGCUGCAUUCCUUGCAAAUUAUGACACCACAUCUUCCAGAACAGUUAAAUUUGGAAAUGGGCAAUACAACCUGCCCCCUUGGUCUAUCAGUAUUCUUCCUGACUGCAAAACUGAUGUUUACAACACUGCAAGGGUUGGUGUCAAGAGCUGGGAAAAAAAGAUGACUCCGGUGAAUAGCGCAUUCAAUUGGCUGUCCUACAAUGAACAACCUGCCUCAUCCAGUGGGGAUGAUUCCCUCACAGGUUAUGCACUUUGGGAGCAGGUCAAUGUGACCCGGGAUUCUUCAGAUUAUCUGUGGUAUAUGACAGAUGUCAACAUUGAUUCUAAUGAAGGUUUUAUAAAGAAUGGCCAAUCUCCUGUUCUUACCGCAAUGUCAGCUGGCCAUGUUCUGCAUGUUUUUGUUAACGGUCAACUUUCAGGAACUGUGUAUGGUGGAUUGAAGAAUCCUAAAUUAACAUUUAGUGACAGUGUGAAGCUGAGGGUUGGCAACAACAAGAUUUCUUUACUUAGUGUAUCCAUCGGCCUCUCGAAUGUUGGCUCGCACUUUGAAACAUGGAAUGUUGGAGUGUUAGGACCGGUCACACUGAAGGGCCUAAAUGAGGGCACAAGAGAUUUGUCUCGGCAGAAAUGGUCUUACAAGGUUGGACUGAAAGGUGAAGCCUUGAACCUUCAUACCACUAGUGGGAGUUCCUCUGUUCAAUGGACACAAGGAUCAUUAGUGGCUAAAAAACAACCUUUGACAUGGUACAAGGCAACUUUUAACGCGCCGGCCAGCAACGAUCCGUUGGCUCUAGAUAUGACUAGCAUGGGAAAGGGUGAAGUAUGGAUAAAUGGCCAGAGCAUCGGUCGCCAUUGGCCUGGAUAUAUAGCGCGCGGUAGUUGUGGUAGUUGUAAUUAUGCUGGAUAUUACACUGAUACCAAAUGCAGGACAAAUUGUGGAGAACCCUCACAGAGAUGGUACCAUAUUCCUCGCUCUUGGUUGAAUCCAAGUGGGAACUUGGUGGUCGUGCUUGAAGAAUUUGGAGGUGACCCUACUGGAAUUUCUUUGGUGAAAAGAACAUGAAGUGUGCUCAUAUGAUGCAUACUCAAAUGUGGUCUUUCUGCAGAACUGCAUUGGCAAGCAAUAUUUAUCUUAUUACCUGUGUGACUAGGAAAUGAAAAGAAUCUCCGAGUUAGGUCACUGCCCAUCUAGGAUCCAGUGAUGAAGCAUUUUACCAAAUAAAUAUGGUUCAGAUCUUACUAGUUCCAGUAUAGGAAGUACUUGAAGCUCAACAUUGAUGCUCCAUCUCUUGUGAUAGUUCAAGUUUACACCAAAAUAUUCAUGUAUCGAAACAAAUGUAUAUUUAAAAAAUUGGAUUCAAAGAUGCUAUAUACUGUAUAUAGUCAAGAUAUUCGGCUGAAUAUUGCUCCAGCCUCCAAGUAUUAGAGGGCUUGUAGCAAUGAAGAUUGAUCCCUUACACAUUUUUAUAAAAAUGUAAGAGUUGGAUACUCAAGUUGUUGCAGUGCAUUACUACUGUUCCAUUAUACGAGAGAUAAAUUUCAAGUUGAAAUAAUAAAAGUUGCUUCCAAAUGCCA